AGGCGGGGGAAGAGAAAAGAGCGGACGCGGCGCCGCCGCCAUUGCACAGGUUCCGCUCCCGCCGCCAUUCCCGGCCUGUCCCGGCCAUGUACCGGCCGGGAUUCCGCGCGCCGACACCUCCCUACGCGGGCGGCGGCUUCCGGAGCCCUCCCUCCGGCGGAGGGCCCCUGCCGCCCUCUCCGCGGGGCUACGGGAGCCCCCACCACACGCCCGGGCGCUUCGGGAGCCCCUCGCCCGGGGCGCAGACCCCGCGCAGGCCGCAGAGCGUCAGUCCCCGGUACCCGGCUCCGUACGGCGGCGCGUCCCCGGCCGGAGCGCCUCUGCACCCGCCGCCGCAGCACAAGCGCUCGCCCGGCGGCUUCCAGAGGCACUUCCAGGGAUCACCCAGGACAUCUACUCCAUUUGGUACAGCGCAUGGCAGAGAGAAAAGAGUGUCUAAUGAUGUGGAAAACUAUUACAGACCUUCAAUGCUUGAGGACCCAUGGGCUGGCCUAGAGCCAGUUUCUGUUACAGACAUAAACCAGCAAUACAGCAGUGAGCAAACAACAUGUACUGGUAAAAAAGGGAGGUAUUUCAGCUAACACUUUUAAAGGCCAAAUAACUCCAUCUUGUCAGGAAAACUUUGGGACAGAAUCUUUACACUUACACAAGAUGAACAAUAAUCAAGACCUUAGAUAAUACUUUUAUUUCAUCACAUGUCCACCCUUUUAUCCUACCUUUUUUUAUUGCAUUGGAUAUUUUUAUGUGUGGGAGGCAAAAGGAGUGGUAGGAAAACUUAUAUUUCUGGCUAUGUGGAAGUGCCUACCAGCUCUGAAGAACAAAGUGUUCUUUAAUCACCAGCGACUGAUUUGUGACUGUUAAAACAAGUUUCCAUAUACUUACCUCUCCCAUGCCAGAUUGUUUGCCUUUUAUUGUGAAGUAUCUUAGGGAGUGGUAUUUUUUUAUGUUUCAACAAUUUUACAAUGAAAUAACUUGGAAGUAAAAUAAAGUUUUGUAAAUCCUUGUUUUGUAAUGUAUAAAGAAUAUUUUAGGAGCUUUGUUAAGGUGUACACGUUAACACAGUAGUUCUCAACACUGAAAUUAGGUGACUUCUGUAAAUGUGCUUGUAUGCUGUAGUUAACAUCUGGUUUUGUGCAUAGUAAUUCUUGUUAAUCGCAGUGUAAUGUAAAGUUGAAACAUGACUUACAGCCAUCUCAGGAAACAAAUGUAUGGGUUUUGGAAAGUUUAAUUUGUUGAACAAACUCUUGAAUCACAAACUCAAUUCUGGAAUUGCUUGUUUUUAUGUUUAAAAAAUAUAUAUUUGGAUCAAUAUUAGAAAUUCCUGGAUUAUAGUAACAAGUCUGUUCAGUGACAGUUUAGGUCUAAAGGAUGCAAAACAUCAAGCUUACAUAAAUGCAAAUGUUCUUUCUGGACCCAUCUGCUAGAAUAGUACAGAAUAAAUAACAGGUUUUGUUACAUAGUUGACAUUAGUACGUGCAUAGCAUCUUUUUUUAAUCUGUUUUAUAUUUUUCAAUUAUUUUUUAUUAUUACUUACAGCAGGGCAUCAUUGCCAGGAGGAUUGUUUUAUUUGUUAUAUGCUAUAUUUUUAUACUGAAGAGGAAAGCAAUGAGUUGGGGUUUUUUUUAGAGCUUGUCUUUAUGUGGAAGAUCCAUGCUUAAAUACAGGAGUGAAUAUCAUAAUCUAGAAUAAAAAAGAAAUAGUUCCAGCUGCAGGCAUGUUCUUAACUUGCCAUGUUAAGCCUGCAGUAGUGAGAUACAUUUUUGUUGAACAUACCACUAUUUGUUUGUUGAUCUUGACUUUUAAGUCAAGGUACAGUGUAAAAACUUGCUUAAAUAAAACCAUUAGUUUGGUUUUCAAAAUA